AAUAUAAUUUUUUUUCGAUUUUUUAUUAUUUAAAUCUUGCGUUUUAUGCUGUUUUGAUUUGGAGAAAUUGGAAGCUAAAAUUGUUUGUAUUUGGCUCCGAUGUGUAAUGAGGACUUCAGGAUUCGAAAUUUUGGUUUUCUAGUUCUUGCUUUUGUCGCGCUUUCUCAGCAAUCAAAUGGAGCUUGGAGCUUUCUUUCACUCUCUAAAACACAAAUGGAGAGAGAAUACGUCUCAACUUGGCGAAAGUUUGUACAUUGCUCGAUCCUCGAACAAGGCUGGAGAUGCAUUGCGAAGGAGAUAUGGGUAUAGGCAGCCGCUGAAGCAGCUGAGUUGGGGAGUGAAGGGAUUCAUAGGACGGUUUUCAGUGUCAUUAAUCAUCCUAUUGAUCUGCAGUGUCUUUUUCUUAAGCUUUGGUCCCAACUCUUCCAACAGCAGAGUGGAGGUAAAUGUGGAUGAUCUUUGGGGCACUGCUGCUUCUGGUGAUUGGAGACCAUCAUCAGCUCCACGUUCUGACUGGCCCCCUCCUCCUCUCGAGGGUAAUGGUUAUUUGCGUGUUCGUUGUAAUGGUGGUCUGAAUCAGCAGCGUAGUGCAAUUUGUAAUGCUGUUCUUGCUGCACGAAUCAUGAAUGCCACCCUUGUAUUACCUGAAUUAGAUGCGAACGCCUUCUGGCAUGAUCAUAGUGGCUUUGAAGGUAUUUAUGAUGUUGAGCAUUUCAUCAAGUCACUGAGGUAUGAUGUAAGGAUUGUUGAAAAACUUCCUGAAAUUACCAAAAAUGGGAAGACCAAGAAGAUAAAAGGGUAUCAGCUUCGGCCCCCAAGAGAUGCUCCUAUUAGUUGGUAUUUAACAGAAGCAUUGGAGAAGAUGAAAGAACAUGGUGCUAUAUAUCUCACUCCAUUUUCACAUCGUUUGGAAGAAGAAAUAGACAAUCCUGAAUACCAGAGAUUGAGAUGCAGAGUUAAUUAUCAUGCUCUCAGAUUUAAACCACACAUCAUGAAAUUAAGUAACUCAGUUGUUAGCAAACUGCGCGCACAAGGUCACUUCUUGGCAAUACAUCUUCGGUUUGAGUUGGAUAUGCUUGCUUUUGCUGGGUGCUACAAUAUAUUUACCCCUGAAGAGCAGGGAAUAUUGAAGAAAUACCGGGUGGAAAAUUUCAAAGAUAAGCCACUUGAUUAUGAGCAAAUAAGAGCCAAUGGAAAAUGCCCAUUAACUCCAGAAGAGGUUGGUCUGAUCUUUCGUGCUAUGGGAUUUGACAAUUCCACCCGAAUAUAUCUCGCAGCAGGUAAAAUCUUUGGAGGGGAGCGCUACAUGAAGCCAUUUAGAGCAUUAUUCCCUCAGCUUGAGAACCACAACACAGUGGCUGGCACAGAAGAUAUUGCUGAGAACACACUGUUGGGCUCUGCUGUUGAUUACAUGGUUUGUCUCCUUUCUGACAUUUUCAUGCCAACUUACGAUGGCCCAAGCAACUUUGCCAAUAAUCUCAUGGGUCACCGCCUGUACUAUGGCUUCCGAACCACAAUCACGCCAGACAGGAAAGCUCUAGCUCCCAUCUUCAUUGCUCGGGAAAAUGGCCGAACCUCUGGUUUUGAAGCUGCAGUCAGGCGUGUUAUGUUCAAUUCAAAGCUUGGUGGCCCUCACAAGCGGGUCCAUCCUGAAUCCUUCUAUACGAACUCUUGGCCUGAGUGUUUCUGCCAAACGUCACCAAAAAAUCGAGGCCAUAAGUGCCCUCCGGAGAAUGUAAUGGAAAUCCUCAACAGCCGGAUGCAGAGUGAUGAAACUGAUACAGCAGAAUCUGAAGUCACAUCAAAUUUCACAAGUUCCAUUUCUUAAAAACAAAGAAACAAUUCAAGGAUUCAUACGUACUUCGAAUCUUUCUUUUUCCCAGGAAGCAACAAAGCUAAUUUCGCUGGAGGUUCUCUCAGUAGGCAUUCUUUUGUCCCCAGAAAUUGUACUUUACAUGUUUCAUUGUCCCCACCAGGAAUAGAGGUUUUGCAAUCUUAGUACAGAGCUGGUUUAGGAAAUGUGUUUUAUGUAUUACUUAAACCAUUCAAUGGAAACUGAAACCUUAUGCAUGAGUUAUUUAAACUUGUGUGUUGUAGCUAGUUAUUGUUUCAGUUAUAUUGUUAUUCUAUGUUUCUAAGACAAACAACUGUCUGAUUCUUUUCUUUUUCCUAGUGGGUGUUUAUUUGUUUUUA